UGUACGCCCUUAACCCGUAAGCCCAACUAGCCUUUCGCACGCUCGCAACUCUGUUUUUUUCCACGUCGUGGCGUGAUCGUCUACCGUCUACGAUAUUCAUCUGGUUGAAACGUUUAGUCGACAGGAAUCUAGUGGGAAGAUAAUAUCGAUGGAGUAUACGUACGUCUGCGCGAAGGGCAUGAACGUUGUUUUCAAAGUGUGAUCGUGUGCAGUGAAUAAUAUCUUGUUAAAAGUGAUUUUCUGAGAUGUAUUUAUUUGUGUAAAGUGCAAGAGAAUCUGUAACUCUAAUUUAUGUAAUAUAUAUAAUUUAUAUAAUUUAGAUUAAAAGUGUCUAUAUUGAUUUGUAGAGAAAGUUUGAAUCGCUGAUGAGUUGAAAAUUAUUUAAAGAGCUGCGAAUACACGUGCUACAAGAUGGAUGAGAUAGAAGCUGAAACCGAUCGGUCGAUCGCUGCCACGCUCUCCAAAAGUAUUGGCUUCCAACGUAUCGAGGUCAUUCUCGACCACCCUCAGAAGGUCUGUUACAGCGGAAAUCAGAUUUCAGGGAACGUACGCUUAGAUCUGGAUGAACCAACAAGUGCUUUAGGAAUUAGACUUAAAUGCAAGGGAGAAGCUCAGGUAUAUUUUACCGAUCGAUCGGCUGGAAUUCGACGUAAAUUCUCGGCCUUCGAGAAUUAUCUUCACGUGGAGACGUAUCUUGCUGGCGAUGGCAAAGAAAAGACUAUGAUAACUGGAGGCGUCUACCCGUUCAGCCUAACGCUACCAGAGAACUUGCCGUGCAGCUUCGAGGGCCGAUACGGACGAGUACGGUACUCGAUUAGGGCAUUGUUGGACGUAACGACCAUUUAUCGGUUUUCCACCAAUAUUAUUCCAUUCACGGUGGCACCCAUUCUUGACCUUAAUCGCGAUUCUCUCGCUCCCUUGCCAAUAAGUAUCAAACAAUCCAAGAUGUAUAUUGGCCAAACGGAACCGAUCAGCAUGUCCAUGACUGUUCCAGUUCGUGGUUACGUCCCUGGCCAGACUAUACCGAUUAAGAUUGUCGUGGCGAAUCCCACCACCGUCGUCGUUACGAAAAUCAGAGUCGUUUUUAAAAAAGUGGUGUCUUAUCGUUCGACGGAAAAGUCGCGUAAGCACAAAGAAAUCGUAGUAGAAGUAGAACAGCCCGUUAAUAAAGACUCCGAUACGUACGAUGUCACGUUUGACGUUCCUGCAGUACCACCCACCGGGAUGAUCCACUGCAACAUCAUCGACGUUCUAUACACGCUUAAAAAUGUUUCAGAAGAACUUGAAACUGCGAACAAAUAUAGUAGUCGGCACUGUGCCACUUCAAAAUUACGAAAUCCCACAAAAAACAGCCGACGUGACGGAAGCUUUUUCAUUUCAUCCCCCGUGCACUAUGGCUACGGAAGAAUACGCCAACGACACGCCGCCGUUGAAAAACAUCGAGAGAGAGGAAACUGCGAAACCAAGUUUGUCUUUGCCGCUGUACGAGAAAAGUCAAAUAUAUCGAUCCUCGAAACCGGACAGAGACGAUCCCACGGGAGACGAUGGUGACAGCGACGGAGAGGUCAAACCAUACUCGCCUAUGUAUCGCGUGUACACGUUCGCAUCAUCGCAGAAGAAGGACCGUUAGAUAAGUGCUUGACUUCGUAACUAGAAAAAGAGAGGAAGAGGGAGAAGCUUGCUUAAUUAUUCGUUCAAGGAUUCGCCGUUCGUUAGCGGUGUCCGCAACGGAUCGCUGGAGAAGGAGAAGAAGAAAAUUGUGAUGCAUCGUUGAAAGUAAAAGAUAAUUGUUCUUUCCAGAAAUUGUAUACAUUUUAACCGAGGCGUGCACAAAAGUGUACGCGUGAAUUUUACGUCCAAUUUCGCGCUUUAUCGAUCGACCGAUUGCCUUCGAUUCUUGCCUUUGAUUUUUUAUUUCCUAUAUACGAAAGAAAAGAAGGGAAAAAUAGUAAAAAAAAAGCAUCAUUAGAAACAUCGAGUGAGAUAUGAAAAUCCGUUGGGACCAACUGUGCAGCUAAUUAAAUUCCUUAAUCAUGCGAGAUAACUUGCGGGCAAAGUAAUUCCAUAAUAAUUGUCAAGCCGUGCAACAUCGAAUAUCGUCGAAACGAAGUUUGCGAGGCAACUAAACACGUAUUGCUUUAAUGUUCAAUGAAAAUGUUCUCGAUGAGUUUCGUUGAAAAAUUAAUUCCCCGUCCCGUGUUCUUUCCCUCUCCCGAUGGAAAAACACCAAGCGCAUUAAUAUGAAUUAAUUUCAUAUAAUGUAUUUUUUCAUAAUUCAAAAUUGUCUCAUGUUUGUUCCACGAACGUUCUAAAUUAAAUGGGUUGAUAGAAGCGUUGAGGAGGUGGGGUUUCUGAAGAGUGGCAUAAGCGAAAAGAAUCCUAUAUAUGAAAUGAAAAUUACGCAUUGAUUGUGCAACGAUAUUAAUAAGCGUAUUUUAAAUAGUGAAAAUUUAAUCGAGUACUUUAAAUAUAAAUCAAGCAUAAAUGGUAAUAUGAAUAUUCAUAAUAACGAAAUACUCGGUGGAAUCAAUUUCAAUAUUAGCAAAUGCGGAAAGACUAACGACCGGUAAUAAAACGCAAAUUUACUGAUAUUCUUAUAUACGUUGAAAAUCAUCUUUAAAAAUUUCUAUCAGCUUUAAUACGAUCGAAAAACCUGCGAGUUUUCUCGCUCUUUUCUCUCAUCAAAUAAAUACGCGCCUGUAUACUUUUUCCUUUCAUUAAAAUGAUAUACGUGUGCUUUAAAUAAACCGAGACGAAUGCGUGAGAAAUUUUGCUGAAAAUCGAAAAAUGUAUUUGACGCAUCGCGCGGCAUUCAUACGAAUCAUUAAACGGUACCAGCUUACCGUUUCGUAAUCUUCUCAACGUAUGUACGGGCGAACGGUCUCGUUCACGUCGCACGCUUGAAUUAAUGACGUUGUUAAUGCGUGAUUCAACAAUAACGUGCAUCGAUCGUCGUGGAAAUGCAAUUACAGAGAGUGGCGGUUGGUACAGGUGGCGAAUAAACGGUGUACAAGACCCGACGAAUAGAAAAAAAAACGCAAAUGAAAAAUCGUAUCUAUUCGUUGUGUCGUGGGAUUUACUCUGAUCGUAGCUCGUAUUCAACGGAAUAAAUAAAAAUGCCGCGUUCGAUGCUGCGACUAUAACUUGCCACCGAAUUUGACAAAUACCGAAGGUUACGAAUGCUCUUUGUUACGCCUCUCUUUGCCCUAUAUUUUCUAUUCGAGCUUCCUUCUUUCGCGAAAUCGUGAAAAAUUUAUUAGUUUGUAAUUUAAUCGAUACUUUAU